CUGCAGAUCCCAAAAAUUGCUGUCGUUGGAGAUCAGUCCAGCGGGAAGUCCUCUUUGAUUGAAAGCAUUUUUGGCAUCAGUUUGCCCCGAGGCGAAGACAUUGUGACCCGCACACCGAUCCAGGUUGAACACCGCUACAGCGAUGGUGAGGCGUAUGCUGAGCUGAGCUUCCGAUCCAGCCCCGACUCCGAGGAGCUGAUCAAGAAGCGCAUCGCAGACCUCAGCACGAUUGAUGAUGAAGUGCGCGAGGCGACCCGGAGGGUGGCAGGGAGCGGCAAGGGCGUGGUGGACAGCCCCAUCUACCUGCGGGUGUACACCAACAAGCUGCCCGACCUGACGGUGCUGGACCUGCCAGGCAUCACUCGCAACGCGGUGGAGGGGCAGCCCGAGGACAUCGAGGAGAUUAUCAACACGAUGAUCGAGAGCCACAUCGCGGGCGAGACCACUGUGGUGCUGGCCAUCGUGCAGGCAAAUGUGGACUUUUCCACCGCAGCUGCCAUCAAGCUGGCCAAGAAGUUUGAUCCCAACCGGGACCGCACCAUGGUGAGUCCCAGCUGCUGCUGA